UUUCCCCUAGGAAUGGAUAAAUUGGUUUUCCGUCCAUACAAAAGGCCAAAUGCUCUCUAUCGGCUGAUUUGCUUUCCUUGGGCUGGAGGUAACUGUUCUUUCUUUGCUCGAUGGGGCGAAGUCUUCAGCAGCACAAUUGAAGUGUCCGUUAUAAGGCUUCCUGGAAGAGAAUGUCGUGCUAAGGAGCCUUUUGCAAAAGACAUGACAGAAGUAAUUAAUGAAAUAACAAGUGUUUUGUUAAAAGAGCUGCAAGAAAAACCCUUUGCAUUUUUUGGUCACAGUUUUGGAUCUUAUGUUAGUUAUGCACUUGCAGUACACUUGAAAGAGGAGUAUGGACUAGAGCCGGUCCAUCUUUUUUUCUCAGGGGCAUAUGGCCCAAAAAGUGAAUAUUUUUCUGUGUUGAGCAAACUCCAUGAAAUAGAAGAUACUCGCAUUCUCGGAUAUUUUGAGGAGUUAGGAGGAGUUCCUCCUGAGUUUCUGCAAAAUGAACAAAUCACCAGACGUUUGCUAUUUACUUUAAAACAAGACCAGAAAAUUCUUCGGACGUAUCCUCUUCACGAUAUAAGAAGGAAAUACUUCUCUUGUGAUGUUACCUGCUUUAACGGGUCUGAUGAAGCAAAGCAAGAUUCAGAAGCCUGGCUUGCUGCAACCAGUGGAGAUACUGCCAUUUACAAUCUUCCUGGAAAUCACUUUUACCUACUGGAGCCUUCUAAUGAAACUUUCUUGAUAAAACACAUGACCAAAUGUAUAGAAAAUUCUGACAUAUGA